CCGCCCUCCAGUUAACCCUGCAGCAGCCAAGAGCUCCCGCACGCACCUCUCCUCACCUAACACGUCAGCCACUCGACCCCUUAUCGUGCCUAUAGUGGCAGCCACGCGGAAAAUAUACUUCCUCCUGAGACAAUAUCCUUGUGCCAUAACACAUUCUGGUGAAAGUCGGUAGUGUGAGGAUCCUGGCGAGAGCUGCAGCGUGGCGUGUAAGUCGCCUGGCAGAGUGAGGCAACUGUGACCACAGCUGGGAUGUCACAUACUCUCACUCCUUCCCUGCCUGUUCCUCUUCUCCACUUCUCUCAACACCGCCUGUUUCUUGGAAUCUGAGGGAGAAAUUGUGUCCAUGUGAAGGUGUGAGGCGCUGGCCGUGGUGUAGCAGCUGCAGUAUCACCAGUGACAACACUCCCUCCACCUGCGCCCAUCUGUUGCUACGGAGGACCGUCAGUCAGUUUUACCUGGCAGGCACGAGCACUCGCCCGGGACACGAGGUUCCCGCUGUUACGCACCACAUCGUAAAUCACGUCGGUACAAAUUGGAGGAAAAGAGAGAGAGGCAGCAGGCAACAGCAGCAGCAGGAGCAGCAGCAGCACCCCGGGCUGGCCUGAGAUCAGCAGAGGUGUUUGGUAACGGUGGUGGUGUCAGGUGAGGACAAGAAGCGUGUGGCGCACAUACGACACAGAUCCUUCCACAGUGCUAAAAGUGUGACGUGGUUGUGUGUGUUGGCGAGGCAGUGCCAGUGUGCUUCAGCAGGUGCUAUAAGACCUUCACCGUAGUGAGUGGAUGAGCGGCCCCGGGCAGCAGCAGUGCACAGCCUGAGGAGGUCCCGUCACAGUGAUAGUAAUUAGGUGGUCCUCACCAGCCUCUACACGAGUGUGCUCAGCAGAAAGUCCAACUAGACCUAAUGUUUGGCGUACAACUUUGUAGUACUUUUUACAGUGAUUGUGUCGGCCCUGGUGCAUAGUGCCAGCCAGGGAGAAGAGCCAAGUAGGUGCCACCACGACUUCUCCACACCGUCGACUCUGGAAGAUGGGGUGCGUCCCUUAGAUCAGUCUCGUGUCAUAACAUUGACGUCACCUCACGUGCUAGAGUGAACAGUGUGGGUCGUACAACAGGUCGUCAGAGACAACUUAAGGCGGCGACUGUGGUGGUCGUUGUGGUGGUCGUUGUGGUGGUUGUGGUGGUCUUUGUGCUUACCCGGAAGGAUGUGAGUGAUGUGCGCCCACCUGACACCCGCCCCACGCCCACACGCCCACCUCAUACCCGCCCCACGCCCGCACAUCAACCACGCAUCCACCCAACGCCCGAAAACCAAUCAUCCUACACCAUCAAGCACGCCACCACAUCUAACAAGUCAUUGGCUGGUAGCAUGAUGCUAUCGUGGUGUUGGUGUUGGCGGGUGGUGGCGGUGCUGGUGGCGGCGGCGGUGGCGGCGGCAAUACGGGACGGCGGAGACCAGAAACGCAGUUCUCCUGCGGCAGGGGACGCCUCCAUGGUGCGCCAGGCGGAACAAUCACUCCUAUCCAUGCUGGGACUGAAGCAACGGCCCCUUGGCAAAGGGAGUAGGGAGGUGCCGCCCUACAUGUGGGAGCUGUACAUGCAGCAAGCAGCGCAACUGACGGGGGCCGGAGGGGGUGUGGCUGAGGACAACCUUGAAGCCCACACUAACUCACCUAACACCGUCAGGAGCUUCAUACACAAAGAGAGCAAGGCGGACGACCACUACCCUGCACACAAGAUGAGGUUCCGCUUCAACGUAACCAACAUGCCCAGUGACGAGAUUCUACAGUCAGCUGAGCUGCGGCUGACGCACCUGCGGCACUCUGCAGCCCCUGACCUGCAGGAAGAAACACAGCCGCAAAAACAGAAGUCUCAAAGGCGACAAGGGAGAAGAUGGGCAUCCUCGGAGGCGCCUUACCUUCAGCGCAUUAUGGUGUAUGACAUACUGCGUCGGGCCACGAGGUACUCAGAACCUGCUGUACGACUGCUGGACACACAUUAUGUGGACGCUCGUGAGGAAGGAGUUCAAACUCUCGACGUAUCUGACGCUGUACGUCGAUGGGUUACGGUGCCUAACAGUAACCACGGACUCCUGGUGGAGGUGGUGCAACUCUCUAAGAGCUCACCACUGGACACAUCGCACGUGAGACUCCGGAGAUCAACUGACGAUGAUGAGUGGUACAAGCAACAGCCUCUACUGGUAGUUCACACCAACGACGGCAAGUCAAAACAUAGAAACAAACGAUCCAACACCAACAAACAUAAAAAAGGCAAAGAAGUUUGCCGGAGACACCCUUUGUAUGUAGACUUCCGGAAAGUUGGGUGGGACGACUGGAUCGUGGCCCCUCCCGGGUACGAGGCCUACUUCUGCAAGGGGGACUGCCCCUUCCCUUUGCCCGACAGGUUAAACGCCACCAACCACGCUGUGGUGCAGACGCUGGUCAACUCCCGCUAUCCCGACCGCGUCCCCAAGGCUUGUUGCGUCCCCACGGAGCUCUCGCCCAUCUCCAUGUUGUAUAUGGACGAUGAUGAGAGAUUCGUGCUCAAAAACCACCAGGACAUGGUGGUUGAAGGGUGCGGAUGUCGGUGAGUGAGUGGCUGGCCGCUCCCAUGUCUCAGUCAGAGAGGCGGCUGGCCAUGACAGCAGGUCGUCUGUGUCCGUCACCUCGUCAAGCGCCCCUUAGUCCACCCGGCUAUGUGAUAUAUCAUUUAUUUAAAUUUAUAUAUGAAGAGGAGGCUUUGUAUAACGUGAGUGAGGACCGGGAUGGUGAAGACGGAUGGUGCUGGCGUAGGAAUCCAAAUCCCAGUGGAGACAUCGAGGUGACCGAGGGGAGGUGAUGCCGACACCAAACCAGCGAGGCGCUCAGUAGUUUGUAUAGUAGAGGGGUGGGGGGAGGGAGGAGUGGGCUGGGCUGUACAGAACAAGUGAUCACUUAAGCUAGUGUCUGACUAUCAAUACUGGUAUCUUCAGCGCGAAGGCAGAGACAAUGAUUAAGAUACCAGGGUAAAAACAGUGCCAAAUGUACAGUGUGGAGGCGAAACAGCGAGUGAUCACAAGAGACUACUGGAGGUUGGUGGUGAAGGUUAUAUUCAGUAAGAGCACGGACCAAAGAUAUGUGAGCAGUGGUUCCCGGGGACGGGGUGCAGGUCCUACAAAAAACAAACAAGCAGUGGGGGGAGAUAAAUAAUGUACACAAUGUUGGAGUGUAGAGAGAUAUACACAGUGCUUGAGUGUGGAGUGAAGUACAGAGUGCUGAAGUGUGGAUUACACAGUGAUGGAGUGUAGAGUGAAGUACACAAUGCUGGAGUGUAGAAAGUUAUUCACAGUGCUGGAGUGUGGAGUACAGUGUUGAAGUGUAGAGAGAUGUAUACCCAGGGCGAGUUGUGUGUCCACUAAUCAUUGUGGAUGAUGUGAAAAUAUGAGUGAAUGAUCACACGUGAGUAACGAUGGAUGUUACUGAGGCCUCGUGUGUUGCAAUGACUCAAGCAGGUGGCCCACUCAGAGAGAAGGACGCUCUUACAAUACAGAAUGAACGCUCGUGUGAGUGUCCAGCACCCAGUGUUCACUACACAGAAUGAACGCUACUGUGAGUGUAUAUAGAGUGUUGUAACGUGUGUUAGGUCCCUGGAGUGUUGUAAGACGUGUGUAGUAGGGGACUCCUCCACUGGGCGAGGGAGGCCGGCCCCAUGUCCCCCCAUGUUCCUAACUUCACAUGUAUUUAUUCUCUGUAUCAUACUCUACCAACAGAAAAAAUUGUACAGAUUUAUAUAUAUUUAAAAAUUGUGAAUAUAGUCUAAGAUAUUUUGUACAUACUCAAAAGACAGUGAAUCAAUUAUUCCUGAAAUAAAAUUAUAUAUAAAGAAA